UGGUGUUUUGUGAGUUAUCUGUUCCUGAUAGAGGUAUUGCAAAUAGACUACUGGCCGCCGGCCCAGUUUGUAGAAAGCGACAAAGAUGGCGACGAAAAUACAAAAGAUCAUGACCCAACCCAUCAACCUGAUGUUUCGCUUCUUACAGAGCAAACAAAAGGUGCAGAUUUGGCUCUACGACCAGGCGGACUUGCGAAUAGAGGGCCGCAUCAUUGGCUUCGACGAAUACAUGAACCUGGUGCUGGAUGAGGCAGAAGAGGUGUCAAUGAAGCGCAAGAACCGCAAGACGUUGGGCCGGAUCCUGUUGAAGGGCGACAACAUUACGCUUAUACAGACAACGGGACGUUAAGGGGCUAAGCCCUCAGAGGCAGCGGGUAUAAUAUUAGUGCAACGACUUGACUUUAGACGACAGGAAGGGUUUCGGUGAUGGCGGUGACAUCUUGACCUCGUUUCAGUAUGGAUUGCCUUUGUGACAUUGACGACAAUAGAUGACUCGGUGCAGGUAUGUUGGCAUGUUACCUUGGAGCCCAGGUUAGCCAAGGGGCAAAGGUUCUCCGGAGUACGACAUUACUUUGCUGGGAGUUGCCUGGUGGCGCGUCCACCUAAAGGCUGGUCGGCGGUGAGAUUGUG